AUGAAUGCAACUCCUUCUGAACGUCCUUCUGCAAAUAGAAUUCAAAAACUUUUAGACGAUUGGAUAAAAGAUGAAUUUUAUAUAAAUAUGUUUAGAGAAGCUGAUGACGCUGUAAAAAAG